ACGAUUUCAAAUUAAAAGAACAAACUUUGAUCACAGGUGUCAAUGUUAAAAUAGUGUCGAAAAAUGAUGUUAAAAUAUCAUUUUCCAUAAAAUAAAUAACCCGUGGGUGGACACGGGUGGCACGGUCCCAUCUAUAAGAGAGUAUAGUAUGUCAUGUUUCAGAACUCAGCAAAAGAAAGAGAAAGAGUCGAAAAUGAGUACCCCCGCCAUUCGACGCAUUUCAGAAUGCUUUGUGAAGCCUCGAUCCUCCAACAAAAUCUGCAAUUUAGCUCAUUGGGAUAUUGCUAUGUUGUAUACAAACUAUAUGAAGGGGUGUCUUCUCUUCAAGAAACCUGCGACCCUUAUUCAUGAACAUAAUUUCAAACAAAAUCUGUUGGAGAAGCUAAAAACCUCUCUUUCUCUUACCCUCUCCCAUUUUUAUCCUUUGUCUGGUCGCCUUCUCACCCACAAAACCCAAAACCCUCCCUCUUAUACUGUUUCUAUUCAUUGCAACAACAGUGAUGGAGCUAGAUUCAUUCAUGCAACUCUGGAUAUCACUAUAGCUGAUAUUCUCUCCCCCCGUGACGUCCCACCCAUUGUUCAAUCAUUCUUUGACCACCCCAAACCACUCAACCAUGACCAUCACACCAUGCCGCUGUUGUCCAUCCAAGUCACUGAACUAGUGGACGGUGUUAGCAUAGGUUGUUCCAUGAAUCACGCUGUUGCUGAUGGCAUUUCGUAUUGGAAUUUCUUCAAUACGUGGUCUCAGAUCUUUCAAGCACAAUCUCAAUCUGAAAACCAUGCAUACGAUGUUCCCAUCUCACGCCAACCCAUUCACGAUCGUUGGUUUCCAAAUAAUUGUAGACCACCGAUCUCUCUUCCUUACAAAGAGCAUGACGAGUUUAUAGAGAGAUCUGAAAAACCCCUCAUGAGGUGUAGAAUUUUCCAAUUUUCAGCAGAGUCUAUUGCGAAACUGAAAGCAAAGGCCAACUCAGAAUCCAAUACCACAGUAAUCUCUUCCUUCCAGUCAUUAUCAGCACUGGUUUGGAGAUCCAUAACUCGUGCGCGCUCCCCACCUUCUGACCAGAAAACAACUUUCAGAUUAGCCGCAGACUGUCGAUCAAGAAUGAAGCCGCCUUUGGCAGAAGAAUACUUUGGAAACUGCCUUCAUGUAGUGAGUGCAGAAGCGACAACAAAGGAAUUACUUAAGAAUGGUAUAGGAUGGGCAGCACGGAAGUUGCAUGUGGCUGUUACAGACCUUAACGAUAGAGUGGUGCUAGAAUCUAUGGAAGGGUGGUUAAAUUCUCCUUUCACAAUUCAAAUGGGUCGUUUCAUUGACCCGUACAGCUUGUUGGUGGUUGGUUCGCCGAGGUUCAAUAUGUAUGGAUGUGAAUUUGGAAUGGGGAAAGCGGUGGCUUCUAGAAGUGGUUCUGCAAACAAACUUGAUGGGAAGGUGUUGUCAUACCCAGGGCGUGAAGGAGGAGGAAGCAUUGAUUUGGACAUUUGCCUUUUGCCACACACAAUGAGUGCUUUGGAAUCAGACGAAGAGUUCAUGAAUGCAGUUACUGAGUUUGAUCCCCUUUUGUUCUAGUUUCCGAAGAAGAAAAGAGAGCCAUGCUGAAGGAGAGAAAUAGAGAGUUUGUGUGAGAGAGAUAUACCAUCCAUACAUUAUCUUAACCUUUUCUUUUCAUAGUCACAUGUAGAGAGAGAUAUAAUGUAGGCCAUGAGGUGUUCUUCCUACACCUCCCAAAUAUCGGGUUAGUCGGUUACUCCCAAUUGUUAGUCAGUUACUUCCUUUCUUCUCCACUCGAUACUCUCUGUGUGCAUUCUAGUCCAGUGUGGUCCCGGUAAUAGGUGGUUCUGUUGUCUUGUGGAGUUGUUCGUUGAGAGGCUGACAUUAAA